GCAAGCUCAGAGCAACCAGUCGCUAUUGUCUGCGUAGGCAUGGCUGGUUCUGGCAAGACUACCUUCAUGCAACGCCUCGUAUCUCAUAUCUAUACGCACCCCGACCCUACGUCAAAAGAGCCUGCCGUCUCGAAGACGGCACCAACCCCACCGUACAUCAUCAACCUUGACCCUGCCGUCCACCACAUUCCCUUCACGCCGAACAUCGAUAUUCGUGACAGCGUCAACUACAAGGAGGUCAUGAAACAGUUCAAUCUUGGGCCCAACGGCGGCAUCUUGACCAGCCUGAAUCUGUUCAGCACCAAGAUCGACCAGGUGAUUGGACUGCUGGAGAAGAGGACACAGGCUCCGGCACCGGUACCAGAGCCCAAGCAGACAACUGUCGAGUUCAUGACCAACAGUGGGAAAGAGAAGCAGGCAGCCGCGCCUGCGCAACAGCCGCAAGUCAAACACAUCUUGGUAGACACACCGGGCCAGAUCGAGGUCUUUGUCUGGUCAGCAAGUGGAGAGAUCUUGCUGUCUAGUUUGGCAAGCACAUUUCCUACCGUUGUUGCAUAUGUUAUUGACACGCCACGAACCACAAGCACCAGCACUUUCAUGUCGAACAUGCUGUACGCCUGCUCGAUCCUGUACAAGACGAAGCUGCCCAUGAUACUGGUCUUCAACAAGACAGACGCACAGGACGCUAAGUUCGCCAAGGAGUGGAUGACAGACUUCGAAGCGUUCCAGGCUGCGCUGCGCAACGAGGAAGAGGGCGGCACAUUUGGUGGUGACGGCGUCACUGGCGGAAGUGGAUACAUGAGCAGUCUGCUCAACAGCAUGUCCCUCGUUUUGGAGGAGUUUUACAAGCACUUGAGUGUUGUUGGCGUCAGCUCCAUGACAGGCGACGGCAUGGACGACUUCUUCAAAGGUAUUCAGGAGAAGAAGGCGGAGUUCGAACGCGACUACAAGCCAGAAUUGGAGCGAAGGAGAGCCGAGCGUGAGCAAGAGAAAGAAGCAUCCCGACAGCGCGAGCUUGGCAAGCUCAUGAAGGACAUGAAGGUCAGCGCUACAGGUGCUAAGCCGAAGAAGGCACCACGAAAAGAAGAGCCUGAGACAGUAAGCGAUGCAGAAGAUAUGGAUGACGAUGAUGACGAGCACCCCGUGGACGAUUUUGACGACGAUUUCGACUCGGAGGAAGACGCCAUGGACCCAGAAAGCAACCUGAAGGCACGGUACUCACAAGCUCUGAGAGACAGCGGCGCGCCCUCAGGCGAAGACAUGAGCUUCGCAAAGUAUGUGCAGACAGCCAAGUUCACCUGA